CAAAAGGUGUAUAUUUGUUAUGAUGUGGACGGUGUUAGAGGUUUAGGAUAAUGUAUAUUCUAAAUAAAUAAAGAUAACAAAAAUCGCUAUAGAAGCGAAUGAUCAAAACAUUUUCGUUCGAAUGAAGAAUUUAACUGUGCUUAGACCAUCCUGACGUCAGAUUUCUAACCUAUAAAAGGUUCACAGUUGGUUCAUAUUUUUUUAAAGGUUUUAAAAUGGCUGAGGAGGCAAACGUGUCGGAGUUUGUGAAGUUAGGUUUAAGUGAACAAAAAGCUCGAGAAACUACAAAAAAUGCGGCUGUGACAAACACUCUGCUGGCAAUUGUAAAAGAGGUGAGACAAGUGGCUCUAUCAGAUGGAACAGGAAUUCUCCUUUAUCAUCUGGCAACAAGAAUUAAACCUCAAAUUCACCACCACCUUCCCCUUCUCAUUAAAUAUGUCGUUUCAAAGAAAUUGGACUCUACUAUGCGUGUUGACAAAGCAAUAGAGUUUGCCUUGAAUAAUAUUAAGAGUUUGGACACAAAUGAUUUGGAAAAGUACUGCGGAGUGGGUGUGCUUGUUACGCCGGAAGAAAUCGAGAAAGUGGUUGAUAAACAUAUAUCUGAAAAUAAGAAAGAAAUUCUAGAAAAAAGGUACAAAUUCAAUGUUGGACCCCUAAUGCAAAAAAUUAAAAUUGAGUUGCCUUGGGCGGAAGGGAAAGCAGUUAAAAGUGAAGUCGACAUUCAAUUGUUGGACCUGCUGGGCCCAAAAACUGAAAGUGAUUUCACACCUUUGCAAAAAAAUGACAACAAAGGCUCAAAACCACAGAAAGGGAAGCAAGAGAAAGUAGUUAAAAGUAUCAUAGCAAAAAAAGAGGAAAAUAAUGGUUCUGAAAAACAAAUUUUAAGCGUGUUUGAUGUGAUGAGAAAAAUCAACUUUCAUAGUCCUGGUGAGAAUUUUAAAACUGAUGGUUAUGUGGUCACAGACAAUACAGAGAAGCUUUUAAAGGAACAUUUAAAGGUUACUGGAGGAAAAGUAAGGACCAGAUUUCCACCAGAACCCAAUGGAAUUUUACACAUUGGGCAUGCAAAAGCCAUUAAUAUAAAUUUUGGCUAUGCAGCGGCCAAUGAAGGUUUAUGCUUCUUAAGGUAUGAUGAUACAAAUCCGGAAAAAGAAGAAGAAAAGUUCUUCACUGGCAUCCUGGACAUCGUCACAUGGUUAGGCUAUAAGCCGUACAAAAUAACCCAUUCUUCAGAUUAUUUUGAUCAGUUGUAUAUUUGGGCCGUGAAAUUAAUUGAGAAAGGUCAGGCGUAUGUUUGUCACCAAACUGCAGACGAAAUGAAAGGUUUCAAUCCUAUGCCUUCUCCAUGGAGGGAUCGCCCAAUUGAGGAAAAUUUACAGUUAUUUGAGGAUAUGAAGAAUGGGAAAGUAGACGAGGGCGCCGCUACUCUAAGAAUGAAAAUAACUUUGGAAGAAGGUAAACUGGACCCCGUCGCAUAUAGGGUGCGUUUCACUCCCCAUCAUCGAACCGGAGAUAAAUGGUGUAUUUACCCAACCUAUGAUUAUACUCAUUGCCUGUGUGAUAGUAUCGAACAUAUAACUCACUCUUUGUGCACGAAGGAGUUUCAAUCCAGGCGAUCAAGUUAUUAUUGGUUGUGUAACACGCUUGAUAUUUAUUGUCCGGUACAGUGGGAGUACGGCCGUUUGAACAUGAAUUAUACGGUGGUCUCUAAAAGGAAAAUAGGUAAACUAAUCGAAGUAGGGAUCGUGAAGGACUGGGACGAUCCGAGAUUGUUUACUCUCACCGCUUUGAGGAGAAGGGGAUUCCCGCCAGAGACUGUCAAUAAUUUUUGCGCUCAACUCGGAGUUACUGGAGCGCAGAGCUCUGUGGAUCCUUCAAUGCUGGAAGCUUUUGUACGAGACAGUCUCAAUAACUCCGCGCCUCGAACAAUGGUGGUCUUGGAACCACUCAAAGUCACGAUCGAAAACUAUCCCAACGAAGGGCCGGUACAAGUCUCCAUUCCCAAUUUUCCAAAUAAACCGGAUUUGGGCCAGCACAGUAUAACUUUUGAUAAGGUUAUAUACAUUGAUAGGAGCGAUUUUCAGGAAAUCGGGGAGAAAGGGUACCGCCGCCUGACCAAGACACAACCGGUUGGCUUAAGGCACGCCGGGUAUAUUUUAGAAGUUGCAAGUGUUGAAAAAAAUGCAGCCGGCCAUGUCGUACAAUUGUUCUGCAAGUGCGUCGAUGUAGAUAAGGCGUCGACCAAGCCAAAGGCUUUCGUUCAUUGGGUUGCCGAGCCGCUAGAAAUUGAAGUGAGGUUAUAUUCUUCUUUGUUUAUACAUAAAAAUCCGGAGAAUUCCAGCGAAGUACCGGGUGGUUUCUUGUCAGAUUGCAACCGCGAUUCUCUGAAAAUUGUAAAAAGUUUAGCGGAUAAAACAUUAUCCAGCGCGAAGAUUUACGAUAGAUUUCAGUUCGAGAGAAUCGGUUUCUUCGCGGUAGACCAAGAUUCGACCGAGAAGACGAUUGUGUUCAAUAGAACGGUGGGACUAAAGGAAGACACGGGAAAGUAACCUAGUCCUUGUAAACCUAAGUAAGAAUAAAUAAUUUAUUUUCUUCAUGACAAUGUUUAUUUUAAUGUCACAACAAACAUACUCCGAAAACUGACACUUACCUAGUGACGUGUCGUAUUUCUCCUAUUUAUAAU